AUGUCUAGCCGUGAUCAAGAGGAACAGCGGAAUAGAAUAAUAAGAAGCAUGUUCGUGAAUCUACAACCUCUAAAUUCUCCACAACGAGAAACUGCUGAACAUGUAUACUCCACAGCGCCACCCUCUCCAGAACUUACCAUUGAAUACGUUCGGUUGAGGAAUGAUGACGAUGAAGUGACAGAUCCUGAAAGACUAGAAAAUCAUAUCAAGGCACUCAGAGCGGAAAGUGAGGCGAAAAAAAAGCAAAGUCGUGUAGAUGACGACAUAUCUACUGACGUAUUGGAAGAAAAUGAUGAUUCCACCGACAUCUUAGAUAAUCGUUCUCUUGAAGAGGUCCGACGUAGGAAAGCUUCAUGGGAGUACAGUCCCAUACUACAACGAUUUUCGGACUCUCCUCGCCAUCCUGCCUUACUUAAUAAGUCACCAUUAAAACAACAACGAAUAACUUAUUCAAGUCAGUCUGCUUCAACGCCAGAGCAGCAAACAAACCUGCCUCGAUCUUCACGUAAAAGGAAGAGAGUCGAGUACCGAUCUGCGAAUUUAUCCACUACGCCCGAACGCCUUUCAACUUCCCGACAAUCAAGGCAGAAAAUGGUAUCCAGGCGUCCAAGUGCAAAGUUCAGGCGUACGAGCGCCCGUUACGACGACAACAUGAGAAUAAUACUGUUGACUACGUUUGCUGCGGUAUACCUAGCGUCUACAUCUGCUAUCCCUAUAGUAGAUGGGCAAAGCAAAGAUAUAGUUUCGGGUGUGUUUAUACCUGCUGAUACCUUUAAUCACUUGCAAGGUCGAAAAAGUGGCCAAGAUUCUUCACUGGAACAGAGGAGCGGAGAUCCAGCAAGUCAAAACAAUGUCCAAGUGACCUCCAAUAACCCAGGCCAGCAACCAACACAACAGAAUGUAAUUGUUAACCAACAACCAAACGCGGGUAACGCGCAACAGGCAGUCAUGGUUAAUCAACAACCAAAUCAACAGCAAGUCAAUCAAACCCCGCAGCCAGUGUACGUCAAUCAGCCUGCCCAACAGACCUAUGUAAACCAACCGACACAAGGCCAAACCUUUAUUACCCAACCUGGUCAACAGACGUAUAUCGGCCAACCAGGCCAACAAACGUUUAUAAGCCAACCCUCACAACAGCCCACUUAUGUAAACCAGCAAGGCCAACGUAUCGUAUUUAGUCAACCCAGUCAACCAGGCCAAACAGUGCUUAUGGCACGACAGCCUCAACAAACGUUCAUCAUGGCGUCACCACAGGGCCAGCCCCAACAGAUGGUAAUUCAGCGUGUAAACCAGCCUUCAAAUCAGCCGACAAUGAUCCUGGCUACUCAACCUAAUGGUCAGCAAGUUUUAUUGCAACAACAACCAAACCAAGUACUUGUUUCUCAACAGCCCAACCAGCAGCCAACAGUUUUAUUGUCUCAGCAACCAAAUCAACAGACUUUCUUAAUUCCUCAGUCUGCCGGGCAGCAACAAAUCGUGGUUGGACAACCGUCAAGCCAACAGCAAUUUACUGUUCAAAGUCCACAAGGACAGUCAGGCCAGCCACAAACCAUAUUUGUUACUGGACCACCAAAUCAUCAAACCUUCUUUGUUCAGCAACCGACCCAGCCAACAGGACCACAGACAAUUCUUCUUCAACAACCAGGCCAGCAACCAGGUCAACAAACCAUUCUAGUACAGCAACCCGGGCAGCAAUUACAGUCAAACCAGCCAGGGAUAAUGGUUCAACAACCUAUUCAGUCAAUGUCGAACAGCAAUCAAGGCAAUGUAAUCACGCUUGUACCCAAUCAAAGUAGUGGCCAAAUAUUAAUUCCAGUUCAACAAGGAAAAUAG